CUUCAUAAAUUUAGUUUUUCCAUUCUAACUAAUAAGAAAUAUUAAAUAAGUAGUAGAUAAUAUUCGUUAUUGCGAUACCUGCGGAUACAUCUUAGAUAGUAAUUAUUGUUGGGUUUAUCCAUAUUUGUUUCCAAAUAGUAGACUAUUAUUAUAAUACUCGUAUCGCAUCAAUGAAACAACUACGUUUGUGAUUUAUCUCUCUACUAAUACUUGUAAUUAAUUUAACAACUAAAGACGAUUUAUGCUACAAACUGGUUUAGUUGAAUCUCGGCAUUAUACAGCUUUAUUUUAAGGUAUUUUAUAAACAUUUUAAUUCACGUGUGUGGCAUCGAUGAGAAUAUGAAAACGUUUUUCGUGAUUACUUUAUCUUUUACUGUUUUAUCAUGCUGCCACUCUGCAACAACGGUGCUAAGAAAUGGCGAUAUUAUAGAAAUAGAAUCUCUUAAUCCAAACAGCGGAAGGUCAGGUUACGAACUUGAAAAAGUUAUUCAAUUUUUUGGUAACAAACAGCCUGUUACAUUCGAAAUAGUAACAAACGAACGAGUUCCUGGUCCUUAUCGAAACCAAAUGCAAUACUAUAAUAAUGGUUACAAUGAAAACAGACAGAGACCUAUGUAUAGACCCCAACAACCUCCCUAUGGCUAUGCUAAUGGACAACAAAGUUUUUUACCACCAAAUGCAGCUCAUCAAUAUCCUCCACAAUAUAAUCCUUAUAAUCGUCCACAUCACGCUCAUCAUCAUCACCAUCAAAUGCCGUUUGAUUAUAAUCAACAACCAAAUCAAAAUCAACAAAAUGGCAACAAUUUUGUACUUACCAAACAACCUGCAAAUCCAAAUUAUCCCAAUUUUGAGGUAUAUACUGUAGACGUUACAAAUACUGGAACAAAUCAGUACCCUCAUAAUAACAACCAGUAUCCUAAUGCUGGGAAUGAUCAGUAUGGUAUGGUAGACAAUCCAGAUCCCAAUACCAAUAGCGGUGAUAUUCCUAAUAAUAGCGAUGAAAAUAAAUCUGAAGAAAACAUAAAUGACAAAGUUGAUGGUUAUAUUGAUAGGUUUCCAGUUAUUUUAUUGAAAGAAAAUGAAAUCAGACGUUAGAUAUGUAAUUACGUGUAGUGUGUCACUAAAGUUAAUUUGUCAAUAAACGAUUCAAAAUCCAAUCAGUAUACAAUGGCACGUGAACAGCUCGUAGCAGUGUUAAAUUUUGGUUUACUACUCCUGCAGUUGAUGUACAAUUGAGGUGUUAGCAAUAGGUAACAGCCAACAACGAUAUGCGUCUCUUGCAGUCUCUCAUUCACAUGUUAUCACGCCUCAUGUUUACUGACUGAAUCUCUUCUCGGCAAAUUUAUUCCCUAUAUUUUUUGUUAUAUUUAUUGUAUCUAGUAUUACAGAAUAAAAUAUAAACUAUAACAUGUAUUCAUCUAUUAUAUGGCACUUCAUUUUUUUAGAAUUUUUUAUAAAACUGAUUAAGAAAAAUAACAAUACCAACAGCAAUAAAAACUAUAGUGCCUGGUAACAUUUAUAGCCUUACUAUUAUUUUUGUACUUUAUGAUAUAAAAUAAAACUUUUCUG